GAAACAGUGCUGCAUCAAUUCUGCUGCCCAGCUGCUGACGCCGAGCAGAAGCCCUCCUGCUCUGACCUGGCCUCCCAAAGCGAUGGCUCCUGCGCCCAGGCUGGUGGGGGCAUGGAGGACUCCGUGGUGGCAGCGGCGGCGGUGGCAGCCGGCAGACCCAGUGCCCAUGCCCCGAAGGCUCAAGCCCAGGAGCUGCAGGAGGAGGAGGAGCGGCCGGGGGCGGGGGGUGCCUCCCCGAGGGCCGGCCCCCACCGCGUGGCCUCCCCCGGCCAGCAGCAGCCUGCCCUGACAGCGCUCUGCUCCCACGCCCCUGCCGCCUCGGAUUACGAACUCUCCCUUGACCUAAAGAAUAAACAGAUUGAAAUGCUAGAACACAAGUACGGGGGCCAUCUGGUGUCCCGGAGAGCUGCUUGCACCAUCCAAACCGCCUUCCGCCAGUACCAGCUCAGCAAGAACUUCGAAAAGAUCCGCAACUCGCUCCUGGAGAGCCGCCUUCCGCGGCGGAUCUCCCUGCGCAAGGUGCGGGCGCCCACAGCCGAGAGCCUGGCGGCUGAGAAGGCCCUGAUGGAGGGCUACAGCCUCCUGGGGCUGCCGCUAGUGCGCUCACCCUCCCUGCCGCCCACCUUCGCAGGCACGCUCACCGAGUUGGAGGACUCCUUCACUGAGCAGGUGCAGUCUCUGGCCAAGUCCAUCGAUGACGCCCUGAACACCUGGAGCCUCAAGACCAUGUGCUCCCUGCAGGAGAGCAGCGCUUACCAGAUCCACCAAGCCCUGCACGCAGGCCCUGGGCAGCCCUGUCUGGAGACUGAGAUGAGGGAGCCUGAAAGCACAGGCGCAGGGCCUGGAGAUGAGGCCAGCGAGGCCACCACCGGCCUGCCCCAGAGCCACAGCGGCACCCUCAUGAUGGCUUUCCGUGACGUCACUGUGCAGAUCGCCAGCCAGAACAUCUCGGUCUCCUCCUCCACCGCUCUGUCUGUGGCCAACUGCCUGGGCGCCCAACCUGCCCAGGCCAUAGCAGAACCCGUGGCCGGCAAAGCCGAGCAGGGCGAAGCCCCAGGGCAGGAGGCCCAGGAGGCCCCAGCUGUGGGUCAGGGGGACGCCUUCUCCCAGGACACGUGCCCCGAGGUGGCAGUCAGUGGGGCCCUUGGAGCCUCCCGGCCAGUGGCUGCGGAGUCGGUGGUGGAGGAGGCUGUGGCCACAGAGGUGGAGGAGGAAGAAGAGGAGACUGGGGAGGCAGGGAAAGGAACAGAGGCUGAGGCUGGCGACAACUCGGAGCAGCUGAGCAGUAGCAGCACAUCCACCAAGUCUGCCAAGUCAGGUUCGGAAGUAUCGGCUACCGCCUCCAAGGAAGCCCUGCAGGCCAUGAUCCUGAGCCUGCCCCGCUACCACUGCGAGAACCCUGCUAGUUGCAAGUCACCCACGCUGUCCACCGACACGCUGCGCAAGCGCCUCUAUCGCAUUGGCCUCAACCUCUUCAACAUAAACCCUGACAAGGGCAUCCAGUUCCUGAUCUCGCGCGGUUUCAUCCCGGACACCCCCAUCGGUGUGGCCCAUUUUCUGCUCCAGCGUAAGGGCCUCAGCCGCCAGAUGAUCGGCGAGUUCCUGGGCAACAGCAAGAAGCAGUUCAACCGCGACGUACUAGACUGCGUGGUGGAUGAGAUGGACUUCUCCAGCAUGGAGCUGGAUGAGGCCCUGCGGAAGUUCCAGGCUCACAUCCGUGUGCAGGGGGAGGCCCAGAAGGUGGAGCGGCUCAUAGAGGCCUUCAGCCAGCGCUACUGCAUGUGCAACCCUGAGGUGGUGCAGCAGUUCCACAACCCCGACACCAUCUUCAUCCUGGCCUUUGCCAUCAUCCUCCUCAACACCGACAUGUACAGCCCCAACAUUAAGCCUGACCGGAAGAUGAUGCUGGAGGACUUUAUCCGGAACCUGCGAGGUGUGGAUGACGGUGCUGACAUCCCCAGGGAGCUGGUAGUAGGCAUCUACGAGAGGAUUCAGCAGAAGGAACUCAAGUCCAAUGAGGACCAUGUCACCUAUGUCACCAAGGUGGAGAAGUCCAUUGUGGGCAUGAAGACAGUGCUGUCGGUGCCGCACCGCCGCCUCGUCUGCUGCAGCCGGCUCUUCGAGGUGACCGACGUGAACAAGCUGCAGAAGCAGGCGGCGCAUCAGAGAGAGGUGUUCCUCUUCAACGACCUGCUGGUGAUUCUCAAACUGUGCCCCAAAAAGAAGAGCUCCUCCACAUACACCUUCUGCAAGUCAGUCGGCCUGCUGGGCAUGCAGUUCCACCUCUUUGAGAACGAGUAUUACUCUCAUGGCAUCACACUGGUGACCCCCGUCUCGGGCUCUGAGAAGAAGCAGAUGCUGCACUUCUGUGCCCUGGGCUCUGAUGAGAUGCAGAAGUUUGUGGAGGACCUGAAGGAGUCCAUCGCUGAGGUGACAGAACUGGAGCAGAUCCGGAUAGAGUGGGAGCUGGAAAAGCAGCAGGGAACAAAGACGCUCUCCUUCAAGCCUGGGGCAGCCCAGGUGGACUCACAGUCGAAGCAAGGAUCGCCUACAGCCAAAAGGGAAGCCGCGCUGGGGGAGAAGCCGGUGGAGAGCUCAGGGGAGGUGUCAAUUCACAACAGGCUUCAAACGUCCCAGCACCACCCCGGGCUGGGGGCCGAGAGGGGAGCACCGCAGCUGCCAGACCUGCAGCCUAGCCCCUUGAGAGAGCAGCCCCCACCGCUGCCACCGCCACCCACGCCCCCAGGCACCCUGGUGCAGUGCCAGCAAAUUGUCAAGGUCAUUGUCCUGGACAAGCCCUGCUUGGCCCGCAUGGAGCCCCUGCUGAGCCAGGCUCUCUCCUGCUACGCCUCAUCCUCUUCUGAUUCCUGUGGCUCCACACCUCUGGGCGGCCCAGGCUCCCCGGUCAAGGUCAUCCACCAGCCUCCACUGCCCCCGCCCCCACCCCCCUACAACCACCCACACCAGUUCUGCCCACCGGGCUCCCUGCUGCAUCGGCGCCGCUAUUCCAGYGGCUCAAGGAGCCUGGUGUAG